AUGGAUGCCUCCUACCGCCGCGCCGGCUCCGGGGGCGGCUCCGCGCCGCGCUCCGUCGAGGACAUCUUCAAGGACUACCGCGCCCGCCGCUCCGCCAUCCUCCGCGCCCUCACCCACGACGUCGAGGAGUUCUACGCGCAGUGCGAUCCAGAGAAGGAGAACCUGUGCCUGUACGGGUACGCGAACGAGGCGUGGGAGGUGGCUCUGCCGGCGGAGGAGGUGCCCACGGAACUACCGGAGCCGGCGCUCGGGAUCAACUUCGCGCGCGACGGGAUGAACCGCCGCGACUGGCUCGCGCUCGUCGCCGUCCACUCCGACUCGUGGCUCGUCUCCGUCGCAUUCUACUACGCCGCACGGCUCAACCGCAACGAACGGAAGCGUUUGUUUAGCAUGAUGAACGAGCUACCAACUGUUUUUGAAGUCGUCUCUGGUGGCGGGAAACAGUCUAGGGAGAGGGACAGAUCCGCCUCCGACAACAAUGGUAGAAAUAAACUGUCAGUGAAGCAAACAAGCGAGCCACGCAUAGAAAAUAACACCAGGGAGCCCGACGAGGGCUACGAUGAAGACGACGGCGACCACAGCGAAACAUUGUGUGGGACUUGUGGCGGGAUAUACAGUGCGGACGAGUUCUGGAUCGGGUGUGACAUGUGCGAGAAGUGGUACCAUGGCAAGUGCGUGAAGAUCACCCCCGCCAAGGCGGAGAGCAUAAAGCAGUACAAGUGCCCGAGCUGCUCAAAGAGACCUAGGCCGCUGUAGCACCGUCCUUUGUGCUGGAGGACGGGCUUGGCGGGGCGUCCCCGCCAUAGAUGGAAACCUGAACAAGCAAGAGGUCCGGAGUUUACUCCUUGUGCAAGGUCAAUACCGUCUUGCGACGUUUAAUGUAUCUUUUCGAUUUAGCUUACAUAUGACUGACGAUGGUGAUGCUAAUGUGAGGUAAGAUCACACAUUGAUUAUAGCCUUUGUUGUGGUUUCUCCAUGCCCUGGAGAGAGUUAACGGUAGUCUGUAUGUUGCCGGAAAAGGAAAUAGGGCAGUAAGGAAGCCUUUGUAAUGUUCCUAAAGGUGAAUCAAGCAGCUUAUGCAACAAUAAUCCGAGAGGUUUGUGUUAAUAUUA